AGCGCAGUGGAAAACACAUGGUGGCGGCGCGCUGCGAGACUCAAGUGGAUUUCGCCGGAGCUGACGGGACCUUGCCUCUGGGUGACUGAUCUCAAAUCUGACUCGAAAGAUGCUGGCCUCCAAGCACACGCCAUGGAGGCGGCUUCAGGGCAUUUCCUUCGGGAUGUAUUCGGCUGAGGAGCUCAAGAAAUUAAGUGUUAAAUCCAUUACUAACCCUCGCUAUGUGGACAGCCUGGGAAACCCUUCAGCAAAUGGCCUGUAUGAUUUGGCUUUGGGUCCUGCAGAUUCCAAAGAAGUAUGCUCCACCUGUGUGCAGGACUUCAGCAACUGUUCGGGACACCUGGGCCACAUUGAGCUCCCGCUUACGGUGUACAACCCUCUCCUCUUUGAUAAACUCUACCUCCUGCUCCGAGGCUCCUGUUUAAAUUGCCACAUGCUGACUUGUCCUCGGGCUGCCAUUCACCUGUUGGUCUGCCAGCUGAGGGUCCUGGAAGUUGGAGCCCUACAAGCAGUGUAUGAACUUGAGCGAAUUCUGAGCAGGUUUUUGGAAGAAACUGCCAAUCCUUCCGCCUUUGAAAUUCAAGAAGAGUUAGAAGAGUACACAAGCAAAAUUCUGCAGAACAACCUCUUGGGGUCCCAAGGUGCACAUGUGAAAAAUGUCUGCGAAAGCAGGAGCAGACUCAUUGCUUACUUCUGGAAGACACAUAUGACUGCUAAGCGAUGUCCCCACUGCAAGACCGGACGAUCAGUGAUUCGAAAGGAGCACAAUAGUAAGCUGACAAUCACAUAUCCAGUCACAGCGCACAAAAAAUCUGGCCAGAAGGAUGCAGAGCCCUCAGAAGGAGUACCAGUAGCUCCAGGAAUUGAAGAAGCUCUGAUGGGGAAGCGAGGAUACCUGACACCUAGCAGCGCCCAAGAGCAUCUUUUUGCCAUUUGGAAGAAUGAAGGAUUCUUCCUGAAUUACCUUUUUUCGGGAUUGGAUGAUAUCGGCAUGGAGUCUAGUUUCAACCCCAGUAUGUUCUUUCUAGAUUUCAUAGUGGUGCCGCCCUCCAGGUACCGUCCGGUCAAUCGUCUGGGGGACCAGAUGUUUACUAAUGGCCAGACAGUGAACUUACAAGCUGUCAUGAAGGAUGCAGUUUUGAUCCGGAAACUUCUGGCAUUGAUGGCCCAAGAACAGAAGCUGCCCUGUGAGGUGACAGAACUCACCACAGACAAGGAAAAUGACUCUUCAGUUGCUAUCGACCGAUCCUUUUUAAGUAUGCUUCCAGGCCAGUCUCUCACAGAUAAACUUUACAACAUUUGGAUUCGCCUGCAGAGCCACGUCAAUAUUGUGUUUGACAGUGAGAUGGACAAAUUAAUGAUGGAAAAGUACCCUGGCAUAAGACAGAUCCUAGAGAAGAAGGAAGGGCUGUUCCGGAAACACAUGAUGGGAAAGCGAGUUGACUAUGCAGCCCGCUCAGUCAUCUGCCCAGAUAUGUACAUCAAUACCAACGAAAUUGGAAUUCCCAUGGUAUUUGCCACAAAACUGACCUACCCUCAGCCAGUUACCCCGUGGAAUGUGCAGGAACUAAGACAAGCAGUCAUUAAUGGACCCAACGUGCACCCAGGGGCCUCCAUGGUCAUCAAUGAGGAUGGCAGUCGCACAGCCCUGAGUGCAGUGGAUGCUACACAGCGAGAAGCUGUGGCCAAACAGCUCCUGACACCAGCCACGGGGGCUCCUAAGCCUCAGGGGACAAAAAUUGUGUGCCGGCAUGUAAAGAAUGGGGACAUUCUCCUACUGAACCGACAGCCUACCUUGCACAGACCCUCCAUCCAGGCCCACCGUGCCCACAUUCUGCCUGAAGAAAAAGUCCUACGCCUUCACUAUGCCAACUGCAAAGCCUACAAUGCUGACUUUGAUGGGGAUGAGAUGAACGCCCACUUCCCCCAGAGUGAGUUGGGCAGAGCUGAAGCCUAUGUCCUGGCCUGCACUGAUCAGCAGUAUCUUGUUCCCAAGGAUGGCCAGCCAUUGGCAGGAUUGAUUCAGGAUCACAUGGUUUCAGGUGCAAACAUGACCAUUCGGGGAUGCUUUUUCACCCGGGAACAGUACAUGGAGCUGGUAUACCGAGGGCUCACAGACAAAGUGGGCCGAGUGAAGCUCUUUCCUCCGGCCAUCCUGAAGCCCUUCCCGCUGUGGACAGGAAAGCAGGUAAUUGGGAGAAUAGCAGUCAGUGUAUAUUCUAAAAAGAAAUAAGCCAUUCAUAAUAAC